GGCUUUCGGGGACAAGCCUGUUUAGUCUCUGUUAGAGUAGCCUAUAUAAACUGAGGGAGCGGACACCGCUGGCAUUUUUGUAUUUUGGAGACUACAUGUGAGCGAGAGGCUCUGGGUAAAAGGCAGACAUGACAGACAUACGUAAGAAACUUGUCGUAGUGGGGGACGGCGCAUGUGGAAAAACAUGUCUACUGAUUUUAUUCAGCAAAGACGAAUUCCCCGAGGUGUAUGUUCCGACUGUGUUUGAGACAUAUGUGGCGGACAUAGAAGUGGAUAACAAGCAGGUCCAGCUGGCUUUGUGGGACACAGCUGGGCAAGAGGACUACGACCGGCUGCGCCCCCUGUCCUAUCCGGACACUGAUGUCAUUCUGAUGUGCUUCUCCGUCGACAGCCCGGACUCAUUGGAAAACAUCCCCGAAAAGUGGGUCCCUGAAGUCAAACACUUUUGUCCCAAUGUACCUAUUAUAUUAGUGGCCAACAAGAAAGAUCUGCGCAACGACGAGAACGUGAAGAACGAGCUGUCCCGGCUGAAGCUGGAGCCAGUGAAAGCAGAGGAUGGCCGGGCCAUGGCCAUGCGCAUUGGCGCAUAUGACUAUUUGGAGUGCUCUGCCAAAACCAAGGAGGGCAUCUGGGAAGUGUUUGAAACUGCAACACGGGCAGCCUUACAAAAACGAAAAACGCCAUCAGGUAGUUGCCUCAAAUGCUGUGUUAUGAUGUGAAUCGACGCUGUCUAAAGAACUGUAGGCUAUAACGCGCACAGCCAAGACGUUUCCACCGCUGGGAUAUUGUCUGAACAUGUACGGGCAGUGAACAUGGUUUGGAUACUCCCUCCUUGCGUUCAGACGACCUUGGUUCAACCAAAACGAAUGACUGCUAAGGAGUUCUGCUGAACACACAGACCGUAAUCAUCUGAUAUCGGGGUGUGUGAAAAUGCACUGAUUACAGCAUGUUCUUAGGUCACAUGAUCCUGGUCAGACUGGUGGAGGGGUAAAAAGGACAAACCACUACAUUUCAGUGGAGGCCUUAUUCACUCCCCCCUAAUGUGGCCAAGGCCUUUCUAAAGGCCUGCUUUCGAGGCAACAUUUCAAUUGCUCACUUUUUGUGUUUGCAUAGGCCACUGCCUUUCUGCCAAGGUUAUACUAAUAAGCAAAGCAGUGAAAUUGCACUCGUUAUUUAUGUCCACAUUGUAUUGUAAAAGGACUGUAUUAAGUUUGGAAAAUUGCACAGCAUCUGAACACCACAGUAAUUCACUGUUUGUUUUUGUUUUUAUAAAAUUAUGAGUCCAAGCAAGGAUGCCGAUAGGGUUCUGUAUAGUUUCCUCUGAUGUUUUACACAUUUUGUUUAUUUUUUUGGUAAUGCAUAAAGUUUACAGUUAAUGUCUGACGUUUGUCAGCUGGAGGCCCAUCCAAAAAGUAUGUUUUUGAUUCCACAGUAUUAACUGCCUAGUUUAAUAGCUGUUUUGCAAGGUUUCAGUUCAGUGUACAAACAGAAUAUGUCAUCAGAAAUAUCUUUUUAAAGUUAGCUUAGCAUGCCUCUAUUCCACAUUUAAUGCCUGUUGGUUUCUACACAGUAACUAAUUUUGGGAGGACAUUGAUGAAGUAGCUGCUUUUUAAAUAUGGCUUAUGAAAUAAUGGUUUUAUUGAAGCACAUACUGUUCAUGAACUCUGCACUCCAGGUCUAGCUAUUUCAGAGGCUGACAUAUCUCAGCUGUUUCAAAGAGUUGGAAGACCUGCUUGACAUCUUCUAUUUAGGUACAGCUUCAUUUCUAGUUAUGUGGGUGAUAUUUCCAGACAAGACUGAACACUGGUGUGUGAGUGCUCUGCUCAAUGAAACAAGUUGUCCGAGAAAGAGUUGUGAUAAGAGUGGGCUAUGUCACAGCUCUAUGAGCCAGUAGCACAAAAACUCACAUGGGAUUAGGUCAUAUGAUGGCCAUUGACAACUUUGAUGGAAAUGUAUCAUGAAACGGUAUGAUAUCAUAACCAUAAAAUAAUUACAUUAAUAUAAGCAAAUAUCCCUUUGACUGAGACACUAGACAAAAAACUAAUGUGAAGUAAUAAUGUUUUCUGAAGCUGUAAAAUGUUUGUUUACAGCAGUAAAACUGAAUGAUGAUUGGUUGUCAAAUACACAAGUACUAAUUUUCAAAUGCAUUGUCUUUCAAUAUGACCGUGAAUGUACCUCAAUUUUAUUGAGUAUAAAAUAUUUUUGGGGCUAUGAAGUAUGUGACAGAAAUCCAUUUGUAUGAAUUAAUUUUCCAUACUUGUGGAAUAAAUUCAGCUCAUGUUUGAUCUGUGCGUACACACAAGUGUUGUGUAACUGUCCUCUUAGACGAUUGUGGGAGUGCUUGUUCAAAUGACAGCAAUGAACAUCAAUUACAGAGACUGUACACUGGGAAUCUAGGGAAAAACCCUGGUUGAUUUACUAUGCUGGUUAUUCUUCUAAUGGUUACUUGAGAGAAAAAAGCUUCAUUUUGCUCGAAACUUUGUCAUUUUCCAUGGUCCAAUAAGCAAUUAUAGUAAAGAUAAAUCAGAGUUUAUCUGAAUCCACUCAGAGUUACAAUGGUAUAAAAGUCACAUUCCUCCCUGCCCUCUGUUGCUGGGCUUUUUGCUGACUUACAGGACAGGAAUGCAUUGUGAUGGACUGGUUAAUUUUCCCACACUGGCCCCCCUCUUGUGCCUCUGAUUUCCCGUGUUGUUAGGUUAUUUGUCACUGAUCAGACAGUGCAGUUUUCAUCUUUUCUUUAUUUUACUUUUUUUAAAGUAAAAAAACAACAACAAAGAAACAAUGAAAUGAUGGGUAAGAAAAAUGCUGAAAAUGUGCCAAACUUAUCUGUUUGUAAGAGUUUAUCAAAUUAUGACCACAUUCAUGUAAUGACAUAAUUUGCAGGUUUGAAUGGUAGAUCAGAAACAACAAUGGACUUGUUUGUGAGGAAAAACAACACGGUAUGUAAGGGAACAAGCAGCACUGUUUGGGAAAGUCAAUAAAAAAAAUCAAUGUGUGUCACCAUCUCAAG